AUGAAGCUCACUAUUUUCUUCCCGCUGGCUGCGUUCCUGUCAUGGACCGUCGCUGAUCCUCUGGAUGAUGCCAGUCCCUGCCUUAUUCGUUGUCUCAACGAAGCCUCUGCAGUAGCAGGCUGUCUCUCCUCUAUUGACUACAAGUGCACUUGCCCAAGCCCAGCGUUCAAGGAUACGCUCGGUACCUGUUUGAAGGUUUCUUGUACUGCGGCAGACUUGACAGUUGCUGGAGAAUUGCACAAGAAACGUUGUGGUGGGUCGCCGCCUCAGUAA